UCUAGGGAGUCUAAGUGAAAAUAUUACCAAAACUUUGAUCCCCUCGAAAGGUCACGCAGGUGUGGUUCCAGUUUCUUGAUUCAGUCAAAAUCGCCCCACUCCUCACCUCCACCUCCGGCCGGCAAUGGCUGUUUCGGCCUUCACGCCCAUCAUCCGUGCAUCCCCAUCUCCAUCUUUCACACUAUCUACAUCUCAAUACCAAUCGAACUUUAUAAGAACAAGAAAAGUCAAACCUGGGGUUUUGACCCAGCGACGAUAUUUACCCCCGAUUGCUGCCCUCUCCGACCCGUUUGUUCUCGAAAUUGCAGAAUCAUUGGAAGACUCUCUUCCAUCUUCUUCUUCAUCAGGUCUUCAAAAGCUGAGAGAUUUUGCUUCAGAAUCUCUUCUCUCCACUCCAUGGCCAUCUAGAAAAGACGAGCCUUUUAGGUUCACAGACACUUCUUUCAUCAAGCAAUCGGAGAUCAUACCGGUUUCAUCUCCAACACCACCUGAAUCUUCUAACCAUAUAAGUGCAUUCGAGGAUACACAAUCGCUCAAUUUAACUAUAAUCGAUGGAUACAUCAUUGAUUCUUUAUCUCAAUUAUCAGGGUUACCAGAUGGGGUGUUUGUUGGAAGCUUAUCAAGCCUAAGUUCGAACGAAAUAACAAAUAGGGUACUCGAAUUUUUACCUAGUUCUGAACCAGGAGACUUGUUUUGGUCACUUAAUGGUGUUGGGUCACCUGAUUUGGUUGUGGUUUAUGUUCAAGAAGGGUGUAAAGUUGAAGGCCCAUUGCAUUUGAGGUACAUUAGUAAUGAAGGUAGUGAUAAGGAGUCAAAGAAGCUUCCAGUCUCGAAUCCAAGGGUUUUAGUGGUGGUUGAGAAAGGAGGAGAGAUUGGAAUACUCGAAGAAUAUAUAGGUGGUGAUGGGGAUUUGAGUUAUUGGACAAAUUCAGUCAUGGAAAUUGCAAUCGGGGAAGAAGCUAAAGUUAGCCAUUCAUACAUCCAGACUCAAUCUCUGAACUCUGCCCAUAUCAAAUGGACCUCCAUUCGUCAGGAAAAAUCAAGUACAUACGAGCUAGUAGAAGUAAGCACAGGUGGAAAGUUAAGCAGACACAAUGUCCACGUGCAACAAGUUGGAUCAGACACAAUAACAGGAUUAUCAACAUUUCAUUUAUCAGGAAAUGAUCAAACACAAGAUCUACAUAGUAAAAUAGUAUUGGAUCAUCCACGAGGGUUUUCUAGACAACUUCACAAGUGCAUUGUAGCUCAUUCACUUGGACAAGUUGUAUUUGAUGGGAACAUAAAGGUCAACAGAUAUGCGCAACAGACGGAUGCAGGACAACUGACAAGGAGUCUGAUUCUUGAGCCACGUGCAACUGUUAAUGUGAAACCGAAUCUUCAGAUAAUUGCUGAUGAUGUGAAGUGUUCUCAUGGAGCUUCAAUCUGUGAUUUGGAAGAGGACCAAUUGUUUUAUCUUCAGGCAAGGGGUAUUGAUAGACAAACAGCUAGGAAGUCACUCAUUGUCUCCUUUGGUGCUGAAGUUAUAGACAGGUUUCCAACUGCUGAUCUAAGAAAGAAGGUUGAGCUUCAUGUGAAGAAGUUGCUGGAUCCUGUAGUCCCUUCAAAGGUUGCGAGUGGUGUCUGAAGUUUGGAUUUGAAAAGCAAUCAAUAUGAAUAUGUAUGAAGUUUGUAAUGUUUGAUUAUGAGGGAGAAUGAAGUUUUUGAUGUGAAGAUUGUAGUGUUUCCAUGGCAGGAAUGAAGAAACUGUCCAUGAUUUUAGCUCUGGUUUAGAGAUGCCUUGGAAGCUGGACCAGGGAAACAUUACAAACAUGAGUUAACUUUUAUUUUUGUGUAAUUUAAAAAGUAAAUUAAAAAUACUUUUAUAUUUGCUGUCCUAGAAUUUUAAAAUGUUAAAUAUUUUAAAUAUUUGUUUUACUUGACAUUUAAACAGUUCCAAGUAAUGAUAUAGUGCAAAAUGCAAAUUGUUGUGAA